UCUUAUGAUCUUAUCCAAAAGAAAUAGUACCCUCUCAUUCCCACAAAAAAUAUUGCAGAAAUAAAAAUGGUGCUCACAACAACCUCCAGUGAUGGAUUCAACUACGACAGGAAAAGUGAGUUGAAGGCUUUAGACGACUCAAAAGCUGGUGUUAAGGGACUCGUAGAUGCUGGUUUGGCUGAGAUACCAAGGAUUUUCAUCCAUGAACAACAGAAGCUCAACAAAGCAACCAGUCCUGGUGAUGGUUCCAACUUCAGUAUCCCAGUCAUAAGCUUAGAGGGCAUCAACCAAGAUCCAACUGUACGUGCUCGUGUUAUCGAACAAGUUCGACAUGCUUGCGAGAGUUGGGGGUUUUUCCAGGUGGUCAACCAUGGGAUUCCAGUCCAUGAUUUGGAGGAGAUGAUCGAUGGGAUAAGGAGAUUUCAUGAGCAAGACCAAGAAGUGAAGAAGGAAUUAUAUUCAAGGGACUAUACCAACAACCUCGUUUAUUAUAAUACUAAUUUUGAUCUUUAUCAAUCGCCUGCAGCUAAUUGGAGGGAUACUCUGUCAUGUGUUAUGGCACCUCGUGCUCCCAAUCUUGAAGAGUUGCCUAGAGUUUGCAGGGAUAUAAUGCUUGAUUACUCGGAAAAAGUGAAGGCUUUAGGAGCCACUUUAUUUGAAUUAUUGUCUGAAGCACUUGGGCUCAAUCCCAACCACCUCAAGGACUUGAGCUGCGCAGAGGGCCUAUUCUUUCUUGGCCAUUACUACCCAGCAUGCCCUGAACCAGAAUUGACCAUGGGCACAACUCACCAUUCUGAUAGUAGCUUCCUCACAGUGCUCCUACAGGACCAAAUUGGUGGCCUCCAAGUCCUCCAUGAAGAUCAGUGGGUGGAUGUUACCCCAGUCCGUGGAGCUCUAGUUGUAAAUCUUGGAGACAUGUUACAGUUAAUCUCAAAUGACAAGUUCAUAAGUGUCAAUCACAGAGUGUUGGCCAAAAAUGUCGGUCCAAGAAUUUCCGUGGCGUGUUUUUUUAGACAACAUCUUCCACCAGAAAAUUCUUCCAGGUUGUAUAGGCCAAUUAAGGAGUUGGUGUCAGACAAGAAUCCUCCACUUUACCGAGAGACCACCAUCAAAGAUUUUGUUGCGCACUACUAUACUAAAGGGCUCAAUGGGGUCUCGGCAUUGGAAUAUUUGAAGCUUUGAACUUAGAUAAUGAAACCAUAUAUGAGAUUACUGUCCUUGAUAUUUUGAAGACGAAUUGGAGUGUAUACGUGAACCACAAAACUCAGUUUUGGAGAGUGCUUUACUUGCUUGGCUACCCCAACUGCUUAUCACCCUCAGCUACUAGAUAUUUAUUUUGUUUACUUCUCUGUUAUUAGUUGUAAUAGUUAGAAUAGUUAAUUGUUACAGACCAAAAAAAAAAAAAGAAUAGUUAAUUGUUAGAACUCCAACUAUAUUUGUAUACUUGAGCUUAAACCACUUCCUGCAGUACCAUUUCAGACAGACA